UAAGCAGUAGUGACAAUACUUUUCUCUCUUCUCUUUUCUUUCUUUUUCUCUUUUAUUUUGCACUUAAUACAAGUUGUCAGAUAUUUUCUGUAAAUUUUAACAAGAAAAAUAUUGCACAAUGGAGAACGACGCUGGUGAAAAUGUUGAUUUAUAUGUGCCCCGCAAAUGUUCGGCUUCUAAUCGCAUUAUACAUGCUAAGGAUCACGCCUCCGUACAAAUCAAUAUUGUCGAUGUUGACCCCGAAACAGGUCGUAUGAUUGAUGGCUCCAAAACGUAUGCCAUUUGCGGUGAAAUACGUCGUAUGGGUGAAUCUGACGAUUGCAUAGUACGCUUAGCUAAGAAAGAUGGUUUAAUUACAAAAAAUUUCUAAGCUGUUUAUAAAUAAAGUUUAUAUCUAUAACUCAAAAUACUUUCUUUUAAUUGUAAAGUGCGAAGUUUGCAAUUUCUUAGCCAAGUUCGGUAAAUAGUGCAGUGCUUUUGGACAACUUGUGUGUGUAGUUGAUUAUGGUAUAUUAAAAUUUGUUUACUUAUCUGAUAUCGUAAAAUAGGGAUACCAUGAUUUCUAUUAAAAAUACGUCAACUACUUAAAAUUAUGAUUAAAGUACAUUUAUUUACGUCGCUGUAUUCGUGUGUGUAUUGAAAAGAUGAAUUAUAUUUUAUUCAACAUAGAACAUUACAAAUUUUUCAAUGAGACAAAUUUUUGUAGAAAUUCGAGAAAA